CUAACCAUUCAAGAUGGCAGCCUCCAAGCUGGAGGAAACUGACGACGAAGGAAACGAAACUUUGGGAUUUGUUAUUGAUGAAGUCAUCAAUAACAUUGGAUCGUCGUGGGAUCCAACAAACUCUGUUGAUUGGGCAAAGGAAAAGGCUACGUCACAAUGUUUAAUGAGAAUAAAAAGAGACAUCAUGUCAAUAUACAAUGAACCACCACCAUGCAUGUGUAUAGUACCCCACAAAGAGGACAUGACAGUGAUCCAUGCCUUGAUAACAGGACCUUUUGAUACGCCGUAUGAGGGAGGAUUUUUCUACUUCAUUAUCCGUUGUCCUCCGGAUUAUCCAAUCCGACCCCCUCGAGUGAAACUCAUGACGACAGGAGAUAACCAAGUCCGAUUUAAUCCUAACCUAUACAAAAAUGGAAAAGUCUGUUUAAGCAUACUUGGGACUUGGUCAGGCCCUGCGUGGAGCCCCGCACAAAGUUUGUCCAGUGUACUGAUCUCAAUCCAGUCCUUAAUGAAUGAAAAACCAUACCACAAUGAACCAGGAUUUGAAAGGGAAAGAAUGGCUGGAGACAUGAAGCGAUACAAUGAGAUUAUUCAACAUGAAACACUCCGAGUAGCUGUCUGUGAUAUGUUAGAGGGAAGGUGUAGUUGUCCAGACACCUUGAAGGAGGUGAUGGAAACAUCAUUUUUUGAGUAUUAUGACUACUACAAAUCUAUAUGUUCCUCAAAAAAGCACCUACAAGGUCAAACUAUGCAGGAUCCAUUUGGUGAAAAAAGAGGAUGUUUUAAUUACGAAUCCAUUGAGAAGCGACUUGAUGAGAUAAAGAGACGGUUAGACGAGAAACAGAUUCUGUCUAGUGACUCAUCAGAAGAAUCCGAUAUGGAAACGAACGAGAAAACCAGUGAUUCUGUAGAGGAUAAUGGAGCUGAUUCUUCAGAGGUCAAAGAGGCCAAAGACAAUGGAGAUGUCAACAGCUGAUACCAAGUCUUGUGAUAAAUAUAACAUGAACAAGUAUUACUUCUUUAUUGGACCUAACUACUGCUCCUUGCACUGAAUAUGAAGGACAUACUCAUAUUAAGUUUUCAGAAAAUUUCUAUGAUGUACACUUGAAUGCAGGCUAAGAGAAUAAUUUUCUAUACAUUUUUGCAAUAUUAACUGACUUUGAAGUGUAAAAGGUGUGUUUGAUGGUCAAAUCUGUAUAUUUUUUUUUCUUUUUUGUGUUUGGUCAUUUGACAAUGCAAGUGUACUGUCUGGAAAGUACCUUGUAGAGUGUUUUUUGCAAUAGUUUUCUGAGAUGUUUUGAAUAAAGGAUGUUGAUUUGGACCACUUAAUGCAGUCUUUCAGUUUCUUUUGUUGGUACUUAUAAUAAAGUGUAGUUUUGUAUGUAUAAUUUCCAGGAAUUUUUAGAUUUAUAAUGUGGCAUGAUAGGCUAUCAUGUUUAAAUGGCAGGUGAUAAGCUUCAAGCAUACUUAUAUAUUUACACCCGUUUAUUUUCUUGUAUUAAAUGCACUCUAAUUUAGAACAAAUCAAUUUAAUUAAUAAUAUUGAAACUAUGCUAUGAUCAAUGAUCAUUGUUUGUAGGAAUAGUACUUUUUUCUUGAGAGAUGUUUUCAA